AGACCGCUCUUCCUUUUGUCUCACCAUGAACGUGGCAUCUUUGUUGCUCUGCAUAGUGCUGGAGGUCCUGACUGUGAGCUGUCAGGAUCUUCCUAAGGAACGCAUAGUGGGAGGAUACGCGCCGGUCCCACACUCCAUCAAGUACAUCGUGUCGAUCCAGACAACGAACCGCCAGCACUUCUGCGGGGGCUUCCUGAUUAAUAGAUUCUGGGUAAUCACAGCAGCACAUUGUAACAUUGGGGUAAACAGAAUGGUGAUAGUCGCAGGAGACUACUCUUUGUCCAUUUAUGAAGGCACAGAGCAGGAAAUCUACCCCCACUUCUUGGUGCCCCACCCUCAGUAUAACAGCUCAACAAACAACAGUGACAUCAUGCUCAUUAAGCUGAGGGAACCAAUCUACCUAAACAACUAUGUGUCCAUCGUUCUGCUGCCCAAGCAAGAUGCCUCCAUAGCAGAGGGCACAAUGUGUAGAGUGUCGGGAUGGGGAUACACCAGCCCCAGCGGGGGCCAGAUUCCAGCCACCCUUCGGACCGUCACACUUCCUAUCGUCUCUACAGAAAAAUGUAACAGCAGUGAGUCGUUUGAUGGUAGCAUCACAGACAAGAUGCUUUGUGCCGGCUACAACAUUGGUGGAAAAGAUGCCUGUCAGGGCGACUCUGGUGGCCCACUUGUCUGUAACGGGCGGGUCUAUGGAGUGGUGUCGUGGGGAAGAGGAUGUGCUGACGCUGAAUUUCCUGGAGUCUACACCGCCGUGUCCAAAUUCCGCCGCUGGAUAGAAACUACCAUAUUUAGCUUCUACGGCAGAUGUAAGAAGAAUUAGAGCUCAGUGUUAACUCAUUGGAGAUGUGACGUCCUCAUUUCAAUGUUGCCUUCUUUGAUCUAAUUUUACACGUGUUGUAUCAGGAGCACGUUGGGGGGUAUAUCCAGGGACGGUCCCAUAUUUUAGGAAAUAGUCAUGUGUGUUUUUCAGGCUGAGAGCUAGAUUUCUCAUUGACUCAAAUUGCCAUAACAUUAUGAGCAUUGCCAGGUGAAACAAUUGAUCCUGUUACCAAUGUUGGAACAAGACAUUUCAAUUCAUGUGUUAAGCUAUUUUGACAUUGAAACUGGCCCCUUGGCACCAUA